UCUACUGCUAUAUCUACUACUACAAUGAUUUACAGAGUACUUAUAUCUCUCCAAUUGAGGGAUAGAUGACGUGGCAUCCCUAGGUCGUGGUUGUGAGGUCCGGCGCUCGGAGGAGCUCCCAUUUCUCGCCAAAAUGGCCAAGUCCAGCAUGGCAGAAUGGGAACGAUUCAAACGGGUCCGGACAAAACCACCGAGUAAGCGCCGCCAACCUUCUCAUCCCAUCUUUCCUACGAAAAUAAUUUCUUCUAUUAUGCUCUCUUCCCACUUCUAGAAAUAUUCUCAUCUGCUGGCACAUAGAAAUUUUCUCUCCCAUUCACGACCGUCCUUCUCAAUCUCUCUACUCCAUCUAUCUCAAUUCACCGCGCAGCUUCCACCAUCACCAACAAUGGCGAUCCACGCCCACCCCUCCCCCCCCUCCGACUCCUGGGCCUCCCCCCUCUCAAUCGACCUCCUCCUCAAAGUCGCCAACGUAACCUUCCUCCACCCCUUCGUCGCCUGGAUUAUCCCCCUCUGCCUGCGCGCCCAAGUCUACCCAUGGAGCAGUCCCGUCAUGCAAUCCGCGAUCCUGUACGCCUCCCUCCUAUCACUCUUCUUCUUCCUCGGCAUCCUCAACCGACAAAUCGCGUACUCGAAGCCGCGCGUCGUCGAUCUGGGCGAGGAGGUUAUUGUGAUUACGGGGGGGGCGAGUGGCUUGGGGUUGCUGGUCGCGGAGGUGUAUGGGAUGAGGGGGGCGACGGUGGCGGUGCUGGAUGUGGUGGAGUUGGAGGCGGGGGAGGCGAGGGGGGUGACGGUUUAUAAGUGUGAUGUUGGGGAUGCGAAGCAGGUCGCGAAGGUAGCGGCGCAGAUUGAGCGAGAGCUCGGCCCACCAACAAUCCUCAUCAACAACGCCGGCGUCGUAAACGGCGGCACCCUCCUCGACACAAGCAUAGACCGCAUCCAACACAGCAUCUCCGUCAACCUCCUCGCCCACUUCUACACCCUCAAAGCCUUCCUCCCCGGCAUGAUCCGCACCGGCCACGGCACCAUCGUCACCAUCUCCAGCGUGCUGGGCACCACCGGCGCCGCGCGUCUCACCGACUACUCUGCCUCCAAAGCCGGGGUAACCGCUCUGCACACCUCUCUCACCGCCGAACUCAAGCAGUAUCCCGAUAUCAAAACGGUCUUAGUGACGCCAGGACAGCUGAGCACGCCGCUGUUCGCGGGGGUGCAGACGCCGAGCGGGUUCUGGGCGCCGGUCGUGGAGCCAGUGGAGGUGGCGAAGGAGAUUGUGAGGGUGCUGGAUGGGGGGGGGAGUGAGGUGUUGGCGAUGCCGGUGUAUGCGAGGUGGGUGGGGUGGGUGAAUGUGUUGCCGGUGGGGGUGCAGAGGGUGGUGAGGUGGGCGAGUGGGGUGGAUGUGGGGAUGGGGGGGUUUGUGGGGAGGGAGGGGAAGGGGGAGUAA